UGGAUCGGCGCUUAGAAGCCGGGGGAUCCCCCGAGGGUGAAAUUUCUCCAGCCGCGCGCCGUCUUUCCGGCAGCGCCCGAUAUGAUACUCCCGUCGCGAAAAUUCCUCCCAGUUUGCCCUUCUCGGACAUGGCUCGGCCUCGCCGGGGCCUCGCCGCGCUCCGACUCCUGGCCCCUUCGCCCGCUCUCUACCCUUUUAAAUCCUUCGCCAAUACCCUCUCGCGCCUCAACUUCCUCUCUCUCCGGCCCCUCUUCUUGCCUUCUCCUUCCUUCUCCGACGGCGAAUCCUCCACCUCCGAAGCCGAAACCUCCCCUUUCCUUCCGGUUUCUCUCCCGUCCGACAGCAUCAACCCAACCAGCUAUAGAUUCCGCGCCGCCAAUCCCACCGGAAGAAGGUACUCCUUCUCGAGAAAGUGGUUCAGUAAGACAGAGAUGAUCCAAAGGUUAACAUCCAUCCUUUCGAAUCGAGGCUGGGAUUUGAGUUUCUUGAAUUCGCCGAACGUCGAAUUGGAUGAGCUGAAUGUUAUCAGGAUGUUGAACGAUCUGUUCGACGGGAGCUCGGAUGCUGCCCUUGCUUUCUUUUUCUUCAGGUGGUCUCGGAGGUACAACGCAUCGAAUCAUGGGCUCCGAACUGUUUGUUCAAUGAUCCAUAUUUCGGUUUCGGGGAAUAUGAAUCACAUAGCAGUGAGCUUCCUUUGCAGUAUUGUUAGAAAUGGCGAUGGUGGAAAAGAAUGGCACGAGUUGGUGUUUGACAUCUUAAGGGAGACUAGCAGGAACAGAAAAGUUUUGGAGAUUGUUUAUAGUAUGCUCGUUUAUUGUUAUAUUGAUGAGGGCACGACGGAGAUGGCGAUUGGGUUGGUAAAUUAUAUGAAAAAGUUUAGUUUAUUCCCAACUAUUGAGGUGUACAAUUUUCUUAUUCGGAAUCUCCUACAGUCUAAUCAAUUAGAGUCUGCAUGGGAGGUUUUUACAGAAAUGCCAAGCAGUGGGGAUGGAUCAAACGAGCCGAUCAUAAGCUUGUUCAUCCAUGAAUUCUGCGCCCGUGGUAGUUUUGAGUAUGCAUGUAAAUUGCUUUCUGAAAUGCAGAAUUAUGGUGGAGAAGCUGAUAUUGUUGUGUAUACGAUAGUAAUCAAUGCUUUUUGCAAAUGGGGUCUUCUAAAAGAGGCAACUGCUAUGCUUUAUAAGUUGAUUGAGAUGGGCUUUUCUCUUGACUAUGUUCUUAUUGCUUCCGUUGUUGAUGGUUAUUGUAAAGCUGGAAGGCUGGUUGAGGUAGUAGGUCUUUUGAACUCUUUAUCUUGUGUUCCUGAUGUUUUUAUAUAUAAUAGCUUUAUUUUAAAAUUAUGUAGAGAUGGAAACAUGGAAGAAGCCAAUAAGCUUUUCAAUGAGAUGUUUGAAAUAGGUGUAAAUCCAGAUGCUUUUAACUACACUACCAUUAUAAAUGGCCAUUGUAAAAUAUACCUGAUAGAUCAAGCUCUGAAUACUUUCGGCCUGAUGUUGAAAAGAGGGGUUAGGCCAACUAUUUUAACUUAUACGGUGUUGAUUGAUGGCUGUUGCAAGGUCGAUGAUCUUCAAGGGGCUGAACAUAUAUUAGAUGUGAUGAAAAGAGAGGGUAUCCAACCUGAUGUUGUAGCGUAUAACACAUUGAUCAAUGGGUAUAGUGAGAAAGGCCAUAUGCAUAAGGCAUAUGAGCAGAUAGAUAUGAUGAAGAAGGAUGGUAUAUUCCCAGAUGUUGCUUCGUAUAAUAUUCUUAUGCAUGGCCUUAUCAAGAGAGGCUUUAUAAUGGAAUCAAGAGAAAUGUUUAAUGAGCUUGUUAGGAGGGGUUUUGCUCCUGAUAAAAUUGCAUUUACUAAUGUUAUCGAUGGUUAUUCUAAGGAGGGAAGCCUAGAAGAAGCAUAUCUGAUAUGGUGCAGCAUGAAUGAUAGUGGGAUAAAACCUGAUGUUGUGACUUGUAGUGCUCUUCUUAGUGGUUUUUGCAAAAUGCGUCGUAUGCAAGAUGCUAAUGUUCUAUUUCAUAAGAUGCUGGAUUCUGGGUUGGAGCCUGACUUGAUAUUGUAUAACACUCUUUUACACGGAUAUUGUAGGGAAGGCGAUAUUAAUGAAGCUUGCCAAUUGCUCAUCAUGAUGAAGGAGAGCGGUAUUGUUCCAAAUGAUAUCACAUUUCAAGCUCUAAUUCAUGGUCUUGAGAAAAAUGGGGUAGAAAAUCCUGUAGAAAGUGCUGGUAUAAAAGUACGAGAGAUUUUCUUGUUAAAAUGUGCAGGCUGAUGUUCUUGGGUUGAUUAAUGAAGCAUUACAAAAAUGUUUCCACCUUCAGCGUUCAAAACCUGGGAGACAAAUUCUCUGCCAAGACUGCUGAGUUGCAGACAUCUAUGAGAAUGUGAUUCCCAAGGAACAGCUUGACCAGGAUAAUUCCCAUGCCUUCUGAGGUUACCUAGAAUGUAGGCCAAGUGAUUCUUAGUUGAAAAUUUUGCAAUCAGCCAUCCUUAUUAUUCCUCCCAACCGAACCUGCUGAGUUGAUUGGACAAUUUCUGUGAACGGGUCAUGGGCAAAUAAUUUUCAUGAGUGAAACUCUUCAAAAAUCAGAUGGUCACUGGUAAUUUGUCCAAUGUCUAUCUGAAGGAUGGUGAACCAUCACCUUAUGGUGUUGAUGACAUGGCAAAACAAACUUAUUUGUGCUAACCAAGUUUUCUGCAGAACUCAAAAUGAAGAUACAACAUUAACAAAAUCUAUGUAAGUACUGAAUAAUGCAGAAGGAUUUUUUUUCUUUUCCCCCCAAAUAUGAUCUUCUUUCAUUCUAAAGUAAAGUAACCAGAUAACUUGUUGUUCAUGCUGUGUGCAUGUGAAACAUGUGCAUUACUAUUGUAUGGUGGUGGUUGUAAUAGGGUCUCAUAUAUUGGAGGAUGUGUUUUUUCAGUUUUGGCAUCCUCUAUUAGAUAUCUAAUAACAAAUGCCGGUGGAUAACUGUGCUACCAGACACAUUGGAAAUAUAUAGAUUGCUGUGAACCCCUUUGAAGACCCCAUCUCUGUGAACGUCAUAUAAUGGAAGAAUAUAAAGGGGCAGCAUUUGGUGAGCUAAGCCCCAUCCUUUUGCUGUUGCGGAUGCUGCAUAUAGGAUAUGCUCUUAUGCUCCUUUUAGAAAGCAACAGACUGCUUAUGUGGCAUCUUGCUCUUAUGGGAGGUAGAUCUGCGGCUGAAGGGCAUACUGUGGACCAACAAUUUCCGUAGUCAUCUCAGCAAAUUUUUUGAGAUUCAAUCUGAUCAAAGGGGAAGGAUUUCUCGACCUGCUAUCACAACAUACCUGCUCGAGAGGUCUUGUGACUAUCAGAUGUCUGAUCCGGGAGAAAUUACUACUCUUUUUGCAUGCUUCGUUCAGCUCUACUGGAGAUGCGAACAUGACAUGUUUGGCCAACAAGAUAUAGGCUUAAGGGUUGGCACUCCUUUCCUAUGGGCUUGCUCUUGGGGAAGGUCCAUGUUUUAAACCCUGGUGGUGAUUAUUACCAUUUUUUUCUCCAAAAAAAGAUAUGAAGCUGAAGAUUUUAGGCUGAUCAGCAAAGUAGCUGCAAUUGACUUUGAUGGCUAUUUGGGGAAGAAUUGCAGCACUCAGUAGAUGAAAUUCUCAUAGAGUUUAGGCCAUCAGGUGGGAAGACUAGAAAAUAACAAAAUGUGAAUAUAUUAUUGAUUGAAAGAAGUAAGUUCCAUUGGUUGUACUCUGAAGAAACCUUCUAUUUUGUGUAAUGUUUGGGUUGAUCAUUAAUUGGAAUGUCUAAGUACUUUGUCAAAAUAGAUGGUCGUUGUGGUGAUUUUUAUUCUAUUUAUAUGAUUUAUUUAUUUUCCUCAUUUA